CAUGCGCGGUCCCAACGCGCGGCCCCGCGGCCGGCUCCGUGUGUGCGCGCGCGCUCGCGGCGGGGGCGGGCCUCCGACAUCACAAGAUGGCGGCCCGGAGCGGGAGUGGGGAGCGGACCCGGAGAGAGCGGCCUGGGGCCCGGCUCCAGGUUCAGCCCCAAACCGGUGACAGAGGUUUGUGUCGGGGCUGCCUGAGCCGCACGGUGCCCGAGGCCGGGAUAGGCCUGAGCCUCGCCUGCCCGCUGUGCCGCCGUCGUUGCCGGCGCCGCUCAGGCAGCUGGAUCCGUGUCCCCGCCGCUGGGGCCGGGCCGCUCUGGCAGCAGCAGCAGCCGGGCCGCAGGAGGAAGCAGCAGCCGGGACGGAGAAGGAGGAGGAGGAGGCUGGGUGAGGAAGCGGAGGAGGAUGCAGCGGCGACGGGGCCUGAUCCCGAGCCAGUGUUCCGUGCUCCUCUGGUGCUGAGUAAAGCAGGUGAUGUCCGGGAGGGGCUUGAGAACCAACUCCGACAGUACGAGCCGGAGAAGGAGAGCUUGAAGGAAGAUGAUGAGUCGGUCACGGCGGAAAUAAUUCAGAUUAUUCUGGCUGAGGGGGAACACGAGAAGCAACAAAUGGAAAAAAAGAAAACAAUCAUGGAGCAGGCUACUGACAACAUGUCUGAUUCAGAGAAUGAGGAGCCAGUGAAACAUAUGACUACGCGGCAAUGGGGUUUAGCAGCCAACAACAAGCUGAGUGCCAGUUCAUCUGGUCGAUUUGCAAGUAUGCUGAGCAUCGAGGAGGAGAAUCGAAGUUGGAGCACACCAGUAGAAAACAACCAGAACCGAAGAGGGACACCUCGCACUGACAGCAGAACCAAGACAGCUUUGGUUUCUGCAGGUUCCCUCAUUACCAACAAUGUUAUCAACGUCCUGUCAUCCUCUGAAAACAGUCGCUCCAACUCUGCCCCAAACCUGAGCUCGGAAAAACGCCCUGCAAAUGACCCAGUGCCAUCAUGCCCGGCCAAGAGGGAGCGGUCAGCCAGCCCCGACAGCAAUGACAGUAUCUCCGGGGAAUUCAAUCACUUCAAGCCCAUCAGCUGUUCACCCUGCACUCCUCCCAAGAAGCUGCCAGAUGGCAGGGUCAUGAAACCCAAGAUUGUCAAAUCGACACCCCGAAACCUCGGCUGUGGUUUCUACAAGCCAGCCGCUGCUACCACCACUUAUGACGUGAACCCCAAUCUCCUGCAGAAGUGGGGCCAGAUUCUGCAGGAGCGCCAUGAGGAGAUGGUAGCCUCCAAGGGCACCCUGAUUUCGGAGGAUGAGGGUGAGGAUGCUGCUGGCAGGCUGGGGGAAUGGAGCGAGAUUGCUGGGAUGGAAUUAUCUUCAGCUUCAUGCUCCCCUGGCCUUCAUAAGCUCGAAUGCUUAGAUUCGCUAAACUCUGCCGGCUCCAUGGACUACUCCGAGUCCGGCACAAUGCCGGAAACCUACCAGGAGGUUUCCGAGGGUUGGAGCAGCCACAUGGAGCUGAUCCCAACCCAACAAGCCACUGUGGAACAGGGCAAAGGGUCUCCGCACAACACCAGCACUUCAUCUUCUAGCCACAUGGGGGCGAAGCAAAGCAGAGGACACAUCAGCGGCAGCGACAGCAGAUCGAAACAUUCAUCCUCCCACGGCAAGAAGAGGCGCCACAAGACCAAGCACACAGCGGGGUCGAGGACCAAACGGGCAAAGUGGAACGUCAACAAUGGUGACAUAAUGUCUGCCAGCAGCCUGGAUCAUAACCAACAGGAAGAGGAAGACAGAAGGUUAGCAGCCAGGCUCCAGCGACGGCUUGAUGCUGAGCGGACCACAGUUAAUCGACAGAAAGGCAGCGAGGAUGGUUACCCACUGCGGACAAAGGCCAACUUUAAAACAAAGUAGCUCGCCUGGGAUGGAUACCAUCCCCUCAGCUCUGCUCCGCCCAGGGAUCUCUGCCUGUUGCUUCCAGUCUGUGUGAUGUGCGGCCCAUACAGGAAUAAUACAGUCCUUCACUUCAAGCUGGCUUUUUUUUUUCGUCUUGAUCCUUUGCCGGUGCGGAAUUGCUGACUUUAAUUUCACUGUCUGAGAUCCCCCUUCUCCCUGAGCCCCAGAGAAAUUUAAUCCAUCAGCCAGUGGUUGGAUGUAGCCUUAAUGCUCCCUUUUUAUCACAAGAGCUGUAUGCCGUUAUUGACAAUCCAUGUUUGUGAUUCCUCCCUUCUGGGCCAGCUCCUGAUCUGCUGCAGAAAUAGGUAAUCGAGGCCUUUAGUGAGGUUCUGUAUGAAGCGGAUAAUCAUCAUGCUCACCCCCUCUGACCCUGGGCAGUGUUGGAUCCACGUUGUUGUGAGUGAAUGUGUUGCAAGGAGCCUAGAUUAAUUCCCAUUUCAGGUUUUGUACCUGCAAGUUAGCUUGUCAUAAUCUAUAUUUUUUAUUGAAAGGGGAAUCAUUUCUCAGGUUGGAAGAGGGACUAUAACAUGAAAAUUUCUCUCCUUCCCUUAUUAUACUGUUCCCUUAGCGUUUCAUCUCUGUCAGUGCGUGUGCCUGAUUUGAGCAAUGUAUCAAAGUUGGUCUGGGUCCCCUCUGUCCAUUCAUUGAUGUGCAUCCUUCCCCCAACCAGCAACUUGUGCCAGGCUUUUGUAUCCAUGUCCUCUCUUGUCUCCCACAGACACCUCAUAUGCUUCUGUGUCCCAAAGCAGAGGAAUUUUUUACUCACCUAGUUUCACUGGAGCUGAUGAACAGAUGAAAUUGGCAGUCAGGGAAAUGACUGCCAGGACCAUCAGAAGCCUGCCACAUGGCAUGAUGACCACUGGAACAAGGUUUAGCAUUUUCCACCCCAACUCCCAUCGCUGUUCCCAACCUGAGAGAAAGAGAGCGUACCAAGGUGUCAGAUGAUGUAGCGCAUCAUGGAAACUGAGUGGGAGGGCAUUAUUUGCCAAGUCCUUCUUAAAAUGGCUGACAGUCCCAUAUGCUAAUCAUGAUUAAAUAUUUCACCCUAACCCAUGCCAGGUCCUAUUGAAUAGGAGAUGCCUCCAUAAACCUGUGAUCCUGUACUUGUGCUCCCUUGUGUACCGUUGUGUAUUUGUGUGUUAACAGUACUUUCCACUAACUCGCUCCCUAAAGGUGGGUGAGGCUAUACCAGGGCUGAAGCAGAGAACGUAACUGGAGGUAAGGGUAAGCCAGCAUCCAGAACUCCCGUCUAAUCCUAAUGCCUCCACUGAAAGUUGUUAAAUCACCAUUUUGAGUAAAGAAUUUAUUUUCUUAA